AACAGGAGUGUUGCGCAAGCAAUGCGCAGAGCUGACGCACACGAGCACGUUUCAUUUGCUGACUAUUGUCAUGUUAAACAUUUUCGGUUGCUAGACGACAAAAAUGCACAUUACAGCCGUGCAGCGAAGAGAGACGCGAAACGACACUGAGCGAUAUCACUGGGGUGACUCCGUAGCGUUUACACACCAUAUCGACGUAGGAUCUGCUGCUUUUCUUAACGGCGACAUCAGGAAACCGCUGCAUCUCGGGAACUUCUUAAGACCCCCUAUCCGUGUCAACGCUCUCUUAUGCUGUUUUAUAUUAGGAUUAAUGCUACUCUUUGACAUGAGAAAAAUAAGAUUUCCUGCUGCAUCAUAAUAACCUUCUCGGACAUUACAGAUCGUACUCUCCGUACUCUGUGAGAAGGUAUUAUGGUCCUAUUGUCUGUAAAAGGUGAUGAUAAAAUAAAAACAAGCCAUCACAAAAGCUGCAAUGUCUGUAGUAGCUGGAGAACUUGUUACUGAAGAGGAGGUAGAGGAUCUGGCAGAGGACAGUCUCUGUAGCAGCUAUGUGUCCGACACGGAAAAGAAAUCCACAAGAAAGAGAGUUUCAGGCAGACCACCUCCUUCUCCUAGGUCACCAUACCUGAACAGUGCAAACUUGCAUCUGAGGAGAGCUCCAGUAGCAUCGUGGAGGACAGUGAAAGGGACACAGCUCCAAAACUAUAAAACCUCUCCGGCUGGUACACCGAAGGACGUCUGGCUGCACUUACAGAAUGAUGGACAUGGGACAUUGUCAAAGUCUCCAAAAGGUGCAGAUUACAGUGUCACACAGACCAGCGUCUCAGUGACCAGCACACCCGAAUACUUGAAGGAGGCCUUAGGAAUGAAAAAGCCAAAAUAUUCGCGCUCUGCUUCCAACGGUUACGUUCCAGGGACGCCGGACUACAAAGAUAAGGAGGAAAUGUAUGAUGAAAUAAUUGAUCUAAAAAAGACCAUCCAGUCCCAAAAGACUGAAUCGGACAAGUUGAAAGCCAAGCUGCGGCGCCUUGGAGAAGAAAGCGCGAAAAAAGACAGACAGAUUGAACAGCUGUUGGAUCCAGUGAAGGACCCAGAGUAUGCUAGAGGUUUAGUGGACAGAAAGACUGAUCCUAGAUCCAUCAUUAAUGGGCUGAAACAGAGGGUUCUACGAUUGGAGCAGCAGUGCAAAGAAAAAGAGAACGCCUUAAGUCAGCUUCAGAGUGACCUCAAAACUACUAACAUGCAGGAAAUGAAAAUCACUGUGGAAACCUACUUCGAAGAGGUUCAAAGAUUGCAAGCACUUUUAGAGUCAGCUGAAAGAAGUAAUAAGGCAGAGAGCAAAAACAUCAGGCGGCAGAACAAGACCCUUAGUGCAACGGUUCUGAAACUCACAAACACUGUUCAACACCUGGAGAACGAGAACCAGGAGCUCAAAAAAGAAUUGACAUUGGAAGAGAUGAACAUGAUGGACAGCCCUGCGUGCCGAGCCAAGGGCUAUAUGGAUUGGAGCAAACAGAGACUCGUGCGCAGAAUUCUGGAGCUUGAAAAGAGAGUUGAGCAGAUGAAGAAUCUUCAGAUCACUAAAGUAUCAGACUUACAGAAGAGCCCGGACAUUAAAGGCACCGAGUCAGAAUCGUCCAAUCAAAGGGAGUCUGUCAACACAGAGAUGGAGCCUUCUGUGAUUAAAGAGGAUGAUGUGCAUUUGAGCGAAGCAGUUACGAAGCUUGGAGAAGAAAAAAAGGAACUACAGGAAAAACUAGCCCAAAGAGAGGAGGAGAUAAAUCAGUUGUCUGCUGAGAAGGAUAAGAGCCUGAAAGAUUUGGAAAACAUGCUGAAGGAACAAAUCAGAGAGCAUGAGGGACUGAUGCAAACACACAGGCAAGAGAUGGAUGCACUGACCAUAGAAAUCAGCUGUUUGAAAGAUAAGUUAGAGGAGGAGAGAACACUCAGAUUAGCACAAGAUUCAAGUCGGGUUCGGGGCGGUUCUUUGUCAUUAACGUUCACAGAACCGAUGCCGAUGGAGAAGAGCAGAGCAGCUAAGAUCAUCCAGACUCAGUGGCGCUCACACCGAACACGGGAUCUAGUUCUUUUACAGUCCUGUCUCAGAGGACAUCUUAUCAGGCAGAGGCAGACUCGAGCAGACCCAAGAACUGUCCCUGCUGCCAUGAGCCAAUCGGGAAUGAACGCUCAGACUGUACAGGAAGAGGAAGUGACUCUGCUGCAGUCUGCUUUGAGGGCUCAUCUCAAACGCAGCGCUCUGAUUAUAGACAGGCGGUCUCCUGACAGCCGUAUGUUGACUUUGACAUUGCAGAUCUUCUGCAGAGACACAGUCUGCGUCUUCCACACAACAGAGAAAGCCGUAUCUCUCCACUCCUCCACUGCUGCCCAAAGGCUGCUCACAGGCCGUGUUUACCAACAAAAUGCAAACCUCAGACCUGAAGAUUCACCAACAGCAACCAGCCGAUGAAUUUCCAAACACCAUUGAUUCGGAUGACUCCGAUGACAUCAUUGUGUCUCCUUCAAAGCCGCUGAGAAAAAGAGAAAAAUGCUGAAGUCCAUGCUGUUUGGACCAGUUUUUUCUCUCUUACCUUGAAACACACACUAUUACCUGAGCAACCCAUAAAAUGUAAUUGACUGUAUGUGGGCAAUAAUGACAAUAUACAGAGAGGAACUUGAAUCACGGAUGAUUUAUCCAUGAUUCACAUUUUUGGACUUCUAAGAACCAAGCCUUCAAAUAAGGGACAAAUUUCAGAAGAUGUGUCUUCACACUCCAAAAGUGCCUUGUGUUGAAUGAUCAUUUUUACGAGGAUCAGGGAUUUAAUAUUCUUCAUUUAUCUUUCAUUGUAGAUCAAUAAACAUGUUACUUUAGGCAGGAUAUUGUAUAAAGCAUAUUUAAGCCAUCGUGCACAUUUAAGGUACACUCUGACUGAUACAAAAAGUACUGUGAAUCUGAUGUAUGCUGGAUGAGACGCUUUUGUUCCGAUUGGAGAGAAAAAAAGACAGUAAAUACUGUUUCACUUAAAUGUUGCCAGUGUGUUACGUUAUUAUAGGUGUAUCUGUGUUGAACCAACAAUCGCACUGAAAAUGUGAUGCUGUUUUUAAUGUCUUUUAAUGUAAAAGAUUUUGCUCAAAGAGCUUGUUUUUGUUUUUUGUGCCAUUGUUCUGGAAUUUGUUAGAGAUAUGUUUAUUAAAACCUGUUUUUCUCUG